AUGCCACAGUCUAGGCAGAAGCUGCGCGUCAAACUAUCCGGUGAAACGUUUCGCUUUCCGGCCUUUGUGCAUCUACCAACCUCAGCCCGUCCUGACAAGACGCACGUGCUGACUACCAACAAUGUCGAGUCGGUCAAGUUGAUAUAUUUUUCGGCCAAUUUGGACACAGUUGAAGCUUUGGUGCCUAACAAUAGACAUGAUGUGUCUUUUAAGCGCCAAAUUGCCGAUCGAUGGGGAAUAGAUGACAGCAUCAUUCACGGCCUUGCGGUCAAUGUUGAAGACAGGCGUUUCCUCAUUGAAAAUGAUGAUGACUGGCAAGAAUGGGCAGAAGCGGUUUUGCUCCAGAGGGUUCCGACAUAUUUAAUCCAUGAGACGAUGACAGCAAGAAGCUUAAGCUUCGAGAUGGAACCAGUCGACCUCGACGUCAUCGUGGACGCCCCUGCUCACCCGCCACCUAGUACUGAUUCUUUAGUCGUAGAUGGUCUUCCUCAAGGUGCCGAUGUACUGCCUAACUAUUGCGAGGCAUCCUCCGCAGUCAGCGAAACAGCUUCGAGUAUUCCAACCAUUCAAGAGCUCAUAUCGCGUUUAAGUUCCCUCGCUACCGAUGUGCAUGCUUAUUCUGUAGCUUCUAGACCAAGUGCUAUCGAAUCCGCUGCCGAUGUAACGACACAACAGGAGCCUGAACAGACAGGUUCGGGUGCGCAAGGCGAAGAAUCAGCGUCUGGGCCGGAACAGACUUUCAGGAACCGGGACUCGAUGCCUUACUCUACGCAACCAGGCCCAGAUGAGCACGCGACACGGCUAGUCAACUACAUUGAUUUUAUAGGGCGAACUUUACAGUCGCAUCUUCAAGGCUAUCCGCAGCUCGAGUUCCUCCAACAACCAAUCCUCAGCUCACUGCCUAAUCAACUGGUGGAAUCUCGAGGCCAAACAACCAGAAGCGACACAUCGAUAUCUUGUUUGAACGCUACAGCGUCCUCUACCGUGUCUGCCCCUUCCCAGACUGGAGCACCAGCUAUCACUGCUCAGGAAUCGGGCGCUACUACGCAGAGACAGUCGCUGAUCGGAGGCAUGUUCAACGAGCUUGCGCGCGUUCGCGCACAGCAGGCUCCAGCUUCGGAAAUCUCAAGCUCGCCACAAGCCAGUCAGGCUCGGUCGACGACCGAGUCCUCAAUCGAGAACGAGCUGAGCCGCGGAUUUGCCCAGAUGCUCGCUGCGCAGGCAUCUGAUGCUCUGAACGUGCCUGCUGCUACAGCGGCUGCCGCUACACCCGCUACACCCGCUGCAGAUGCUGCGUCUGCCUCAGGGCCUGUACCCAUGGCCGAUGCAGCACCUUUGGGGGACCAAGACGACGAGGAGUUUGACAUGGUCUCGGAUGGACCCAGUUUGUCUCGAGGUUCCUCCGGGUCGCGUUCUGCACGAAGGGGUCGCUCGAGCCGGUGGACGGGCACGACCAUGCUCCUGGUAGCCAUGAUAACGUGCAUUCUAGGUUUUGUCUCGUCAGCGACGGCAUCACCUCACUCGGCACUCAAUCGCACCACCCAUCUUCAGUCACGCUCUUCUGCACCGAACCGUCUGGUCUCGCCUCGUCAGAAUAGUCGGCAUCUACACCUUUGUAAAUGCACGUGCUUCCAAACCAACUCUACACUGGUACCGCUCUACUCCCCCGCGGACGCAGCCAAACCUUGCCUCACGUGCACACGCCAGUUCUGCCUGGACCAGGGACUCGAAAUGUGCAAGGGCGCCAAGCUCGAACAUACCGACCACGACGUCGGCACCGGCUUUGAAGGCGACGUUUGGGCCAAGUGCUUUGAGAGGGAUAGCUAUAAAGACCAGGGCAUCAUCACAUUGUAUAUCCUCGUCGUCGGCGCGUUGGUAGCGUGCGCAGCGUUCAGAGGUAGAAUGCAAAGCUGGUAUCAACGAUAUCACACUUUCGCGCCGAGGCGGCUCUACGACGCGGUCAGGGAGAGUCCGUGGAGAACCACUGCGAGGUGA